AUGCAAUUAUUCGUCAAGACACUCACUGGUAAAACCAUCACAUUAGAAGUCGAGUCCAACGACUCGAUUGAAAAUGUCAAGAGCAAAAUCACAGAUACGGAAGGCAUUCCUGCGGAUCUACAACGAUUAAUCUACGCAGGAAAACAAUUAGAAGACGGAAGAACUCUCUCAGACUACAGUAUUCAAAAACAUUCUUCUCUUCAUUUGGAUCUUCGGUUGAGAGGUGGUAUGCAGUUAUUUGUCAAAACCUUGACAGGAAAGACAAUCACAUUGGAAGUCGAGUCUAAUGACUCGAUUGAGAACGUCAAGUCCAAGAUUUGUGAUAAGGAAGGCAUUCCAGCAGAUCAACAACGAUUAAUCUACGCAGGAAAACAACUGGAAGAUGGAAGAACCGUUUCUGAUUAUAACUUGCAAAAAGAUUCAACCAUUCAUCUCGUGUUGAGAUUACGUGGAGGAGCAUGA